CGUGUAUCUCAGCGUCGUACAGGAAGUGUCAUACCAAACAGUUGAAACAUGAAUGAGUCUUAUGAACCAGCGCUUGAUCGUAACUUGAUUUCCUGAGACAAUUUACUAAUGAACUCACAAGAGGAUGUCAACCGACUUAACUUUAGACUUCGAAAAUCACCAAUAUCCUGUGAUGGAUAGCGAGGCAGACUUCAUGUCCAUCGACCAGGGAGGAGAGUGGGACAUCAGCCUGUUCGAUGAGCUCGACAACCUGGGAGAUGCGGAUGAUCUGCUUCAGGCACUGGAGCAUGCUGGCUACGCCAGUGAAGCUCCAGACCUGGACUUUGAUAUCGACAUACCUCCGUGGAAUCAAGUGGACACAAGCAGCACCUGCACAGAUGGUGAGGUGAGCAUGGACUCUCUGUCACCUGCCCACACUCUGAGCUCUGUCCCCUCUCCCUCCUCUGUGGAAGCCCUGUCCCCGUACUCCAUACAAGAUGAAGCCCUGUCCCCACAAUGGCAGUCCUCUCCAGUGUCACUCUGCUCAGAGUCUGUCGUCUCUCCUCCUGCUAAGAAAGCUCCAAAGAGGACAAGCCAGACCACACGAGCCAGGCAAACUCAGCCAACCAAGAGGCCGAUUCAGAUUAGCCCGAAGGUUUCCAUCCAGCCGAAGCCGCUGAUUACAGCUGUGCCCCUGGCUCAUGCGGCAGCUCCCCUGCAGGCAAAGACAAUCAUCAUCCAGCCCCUGCAGACCACUGUGCUGCCUGUGGUCAAACAAGCUCCAGUCAGCAUCCAACCAGCGCCCCCCCCAGGACGUCCCAUAGUGCUGUCUCAGCCGAGCCAGGUGCUGCAGAUCCAGACACCAAGGGCUGUCACAGCCAAUGUGGUCGCCAUGCCAACGCUCAGCCAGGACAUGUCUGUCCCUGUCACUGCUCCUCCAGCGGUCUCUGUCACACUGAGAGCCUCUUCCUCAGAUGAUGAUUCAAAGAUGUCGCAGAGGCAGCAGCGCAUGAUAAAGAACCGUGAGUCGGCCUCCCUGUCUCGGAAAAAGAAGAAAGACUAUCUGCUCUCGCUGGAGGCCCGCUUGAAAAUGGCAUUGUCUGAGAAUGAGGUGCUCAAGUGUGAGAAUGGCAAGCUCAAGAGACAGCUGGAGGGCCUGCUGAGUGAGAACACAGUACUAAAGGUGACGGCGCCCAAGAGGAGAGCUGUGUGUCUCAUGGUGGUGUUGGUGUUUGUCAUGCUCAAUGUUGGACCAAUGAGUCUGUUUCAGGGUGGCCCAGGCUCCAAGCUUGGAUCUGUUUCCACGCAGCACAGCGGCCGACACCUGUUGGGUUUUUCCUCUGAGGCAGAAACCGAGGUCGUGAUGGGCCCCGAUUCCCUCGGCAGCGGCCCCUCUGAGAUGGCCGACAGCUCUGAGGAUAAGGCCCUGAUGGUGGUGAAGGAUCCUAUCUUCCUCAGACCACCUCCUCCCUGCCAGCCUCCUGUAAACAGGACCAAGUGCUUAGAGUUGGCCCAUGAGUUGAGGGGUUGGGUCCACCGUCAUGAAGUGCAGCAGACCAAAUCCAGACGCAUGAGUAACAGCAAUCACAAAGCCACCAGGACCAUUCUGAAAACAGAGAAUAAGCAGGCCGAUGGUGCCCAGAUUGUGACGGUCCAAUACACAGAAACUACUGAGGAAAAGAAUCCAGGCAACGAGCUGCAGGUGUACUACGCACCCCAUCACACCUACAGUGACUUCUUUGAUGAGCUCAAUCGUCGUGGCGACACUUUCUAUGUAGUGUCUUUCCGCAGGGAUCAUCUUCUACUUCCUGCCACCAACCACAACAAAGGACGUCGACCCAAGAUGUCUGUGGUGUUGCCAGCCAUGAACAUAAACGACAGCAUCAUAAGGGACAAAGACUACGAGGUGAUGAUGCAGAUCGACUGCGAAGUAACAGACACCAGGAUCCUCCACAUCAGGUCUUCCACCAUCCCACCUUUGCUCCGGGUGAACCGCACAGACACGUUCUACCAGCACUCCUCGCCUGACAGCCAGGCCACGCCUCCUGUUGGAGUGCUAAUGGGUUCUGCUUAGGAUCACCCAGCAGCACCUGUUGUUACUCACAGCUCCUCGACAAAACCCAUGAAGACAAACAGAAGAUAAGACCUCAGUUUUUGUGUGUGGUGAAGUAUAAUUUAAAUCAGGUGAACUCCCUCUGUUGUCGUGUUUUUGAUUUCGAUUUGAAUGAAAUCCAUUACAACACAAAGGUAGCUCCAGUCCUCAACACCAGUCGGCUGCAUUCUUUAUUAGGGCUGAUAUCCGGAGCUGGUCUGUAAUAGGGUCCGAGCUCCUUGUGUGGCAACACUGACUUCUCCCUGUAACCCCAGACGCCCCACAUAAGGGUAAUUGCUUAGCGGCAGGGGGCUGAGCAUUGAACCCUGAGUCACCCCGUCAUAACACAAAUACUUUUACCCCAUAGCAGCUCUCCUCAUGUCUGCCCUUCCCUUUUUUGCUUCUUAAUUUUGAGAACAAGCUGCAAAGCCAGAAGACAAAACAGAAAAUGAUUAUACACCUCACCGGGAAGGCAUUUGUCAUAUUAAUGCCCAGAAGCACAACAAAUUUGGUGUUUUGUAUCAUAGCUACAAAACGGAGUGCUGUAAUCAUCGCUCUCACUCAUUUGUAGUCUCUUCGCCUCUAAAUAAAUAAUGAAAUCAGUGAACAGUACAGAGAUUAACGACGUGCAGCAAUAGAGGCUUUCAGUAAACUCAGGAAGUCAGGUGAUCUGUGAAAGCUAAACCACUAUGUUGUUUGCUGGUUUCCAUUACUCUAAGGAUUUCAGGUGCUCUGUUUUUAACAUUGUAUUGAUGGAGAAUUUCAGUUUUUGGGGUCUUUGCACUGUGCUUGUCUUAUAUUGAUGAACAGAUUCAGAUAGUAUACAUAUUUAUUUCUGUUAUUAUGUUAUGGUAGUACCAACUCCUGUGGUCAAAAUUUAUUCUGUCAAGAUAUAUUGAUUUUAUAUCUAUUCCUCUGAUUAUGCUUUGUGGGAACUUUUUUUGUAAUUGACUGCAUAAAAAUAAAUGACAUUGUAUAUAAAAUGAUAAAUGGUAGAGUGGAAGGACACAUAGCAUACACAUUAGAACUAGGUGAGUUUUUACUGGGUGGACAUUGUGAUAUUUUAUCUUUAAGUCUGAAACCCCUGCCUUAACACUUGAGCUAAAACAGCCAAUGUUUGACUUGUAAGCACUGGUGAAAAAGUCCUGACUCCUCCGUCCACGAGCUGUAUUGCACUUUUUUUGGUGCACUUAGGCCUAUACUGAAAUCGCAAAUCACCAGGAAGUCUUUCUUUUUAAAAAAAUGUGUAAUGGAGUUGCAUUAUCCGAGUCUUUAGUACUAAUUUGAUGUAAAGAUUUGCACUUUAAUUGCAGAACCUGGGAAGAUCAGAUCUGGCUUUAAAUGCCUCAAAUUAAUAACCUGUAACCUUGUUCUGACUACCUUAAAAUUUGAAAUUAAACAGGAAAUUAUACAUCAUCAGAAUUAGUACUUUUUUUGUAUAUGUUGAUGAAACAUACUUUACUUCACUGUCUGAAAGUGCAUUUCUUUUGGCUCCAUGAUUGUACACAUGGUUAUGUUUUAGCUCAACAGAUGCCCAUAAAGUGUUUCAAAAACAUGUCCUUCGCUUGUGUUUUCUUUAGCCAGGCCGCCUGUGUGUGUAGUUUUUUUUUUCAUUCUGGUUUUUAAAAAAAUGUUUGAUUCACCGCAGUGUUUUUGCUGUGAAACAACAGAUCUUAGGGACAAAACAAGAGUACAAUUUAAAGCUUGUGAGGUUGGGUUUUUUUUUGUAUUUUGUUAUGUGCAUACAUAAAAAUAAACACUGGAUUUUCUUUAACUAUA